CAAGCAGCCACAUCAAGAAGCAAGCACAGCCCAGUUACGCACACAACCCCACAACCACGGAUUCUACUCACGCUGACACCAGUGACGCACAGCUGUGACUGAGCCGGACACAACACAACCAACCAGCGACGUACCGCGCAGUGGCCGCAAACGGAGUCAUUUACAUUCAUCUCUUGAUUCCCGCAACAACAACGUGAGCACACGCGCGUCGGCCAACAAAAAAGGCAACACCAAAAUCAGCAGACAGAUACAGCAACACAAACAAGCGACUGUCCGCAGCAGCUGUCCACAGAGACAACAACAACAACAGCCCCUUUGAUCCAAAGGAGACAGAAAAAUAGGCACAAGCCAACAAGCAAACAGAAAAAGGACGCCAAAGCCCGCACAGAAGGGAACCAAGAGAACCAGAGAACAGGCAAGCACGCAAAGAUGGCUCAGAAGAUGCCUCAGAAGCAGCAGUGUUUUGUUUGGAAGACAUUUGGGCUCUGCGCAGGACAGGCAGAAACGGGGACCCACCGCUGCCACCAUCUGCACGAUCCGGCAGUCAAGGGCGUGUGGCUUGAGCAGGCUCGCGCGUAUCUGCCGCACGCGUACCGCUAUGGCAAGUAUCGUCCUUCCUUCGAGGACUUGAAGCAGGCUGCUGCCCAGCAGCCGUCCAUUUCCAAAUCACAGCCCAACACCCACGUCCGGCGGCUCCUCAACGAGAAGAACCAGACGCCAGCCCACUUCUUGAUCGACAUCCUCGUGCUGCAAGACUUCUACGUGAAGCGAGAGGCUGAGGACGUUGUCAAUUUUGCCAUCCAACACCGACGCAAGCUGGAGACGAACAACCAGAAACGGGCAAACUUCUACAACGCGCUGCGCUACUGCACAUACUGUUCCAUCGUCCACAUGCCCUAUGGUGUACUCCCGGGCAUCGACGCGACCAUUGCGUCGACUGUAGCCUCCGCGGCCGUGAGCCGUGUCAACUCUGGUGUUGCGCCGCUGCCGCAUGGUGCGCCGCCACUGCCGGCGGAGCAUGUGCAGCCCGGAGGUGGUGUGGCUGCGCCCGACGCUGCGUGGUGCUGCAUCUGGUAUGUGUUUGGCGCGUGCUGGGGUGCUCGGCUUCCAGAACACGACGAUAUCCGGUGCCGCUUUGAGCACGGCGACGAGGUGUACCAGCGGUCUAUCCUGGUGGCAUACGAGAGCGACCCAGAUGUGCGCAGCGACCUCAAGCGCGUUGUGCGUGCCGUGCCUUUCCACCGCGUGUUUGCGGAGAUUAUGGAACUUGCCCAGAACGAGCAGGAGGAGGUCACCACGACCCUCAUCACCGUUGUCCGUGAAGCCAUGGACAUGCUACGCAAUACGGCCGCGCAGACCAUGAAGGCCCUUGACGAGCGUGAGGCUUUUGACGAGUACCAGGCACUGGCGUUCCGCGCAUGCCUGGAUGCCGGGUUUCCUGCAAUCAAGCUCAAGAGUGCACCCGGCCCUCACGUUGUGGUCCACGACGACGACGACGAUGGUGACGGUGAAGAUGACGACGUCGACGAUCGCGGUGUUGGUCAUGGUCGCGGUGGUGGUCGCGGUGGUGGUCGUGGUAAUGGUGGUCGAGGUGGUUGUCGUGGUAAUGGUGGUCGAGGUGGUGGUCGAGGUGGUGGUCGUGGUAAUGGUGGUCGAGGUGGUGGUCGAGGUGGCGGUGGUCACGGCCAGCGAGAUGAGCGACCGUCGUGUCCUGUGUGGCAGGUGCUGCGCUACUGCCCAAACCGCAGCCACUACCACAAGACGCCGUGCAACUUCUUCCACCCGUACGUCAACUGCACCAAAGCCUCCGACCACAGCGCUCUGCUGUGCUCAUUUGGCCACAAGGAGAAGAACGGCCUCUCGCACGAUCAGUGGAGGCGGCUUGUGCAGGCGCUGUAUGGGCGAGACGCGACGCAGCUGCACAUGCACCACAGCGCCGUACGCACAGCCAUGCAGCAGAAGGGGCGCACCCUUAGCACCAUGCUCAUGGACAUUGUGAGGGAGGCCGACCAGCUGCGCAUGCGCUACGGCGACAACAUGGGCCUGUACAAGCAACGCAUGACGCAGCACUACGGGAACCGGUCCCUCACGUACGAGGACUUUGUCAACAUCUUUGCCAUCACACUCAACGCGGGCAACGCCGCGACUGUGCCGCGCUUCCUCACCCGCGCACCCCAGGCGAAGAAGAGCACCUACAGCAACCACGGUGCUGCCGAUGAUGAUGAUGAUGAUGAUGAUGAUGAUGACAUGGCAACGGCCGUGCACGUGGGCGGAGGUGACGAGGACAUGCACACCAUGGUGCAUGGCGGGAAGAGCACCAGCGCUGACAGCGGCGACUCCGCCACGUUGGUGGAUGGACGCAAGGGCAGCUACCCCUACGAUGAUGAUGAUGACGACAACAGCGAUGGCUGUGGCGGUGGCGUUGAAGAUGAGGGCGCCGCGCCGCACAUGAGCGGGCUGUUCCACGGGACGCAGCUGGACGUGUGCUUCCUUCUCGAUGCCACCGGAGGCAUGGAGCCGUACUUUGCGGGCGUGCUGGCAGCCAUGCAGCGCACAGCACAGGAGCUGCACGCCACGCACGGCGCUGGCGAAGACACGGGCGCGGUGCGGUUUGCACUCGUUGCCUACCGCGACAAGACACACCUGGCGGACGACCGGCCCGAAGUUGUGCACUUUACGCCCAACCUGGACGCGUUUCUGUUGCGCCUGAAGAUGGUGCACCCCCAGGGCGGCGCCGACUAUGUGGAGGACGUGCGCGCGGGCCUGCAGUGCGUGCACGAUCGCCUUGAGUUUCGCCGCGAGGCCACGCGCGUUGUGCUGCACAUUGCCGAUGCGCCGUGCCACGGCCGCCUCUUCUACCACGACCUGGUCGACAGCUUCCCUGACGAGGACCCUGAGCGUGUGCUUGGGCUCGUGCGGUGGCUGGCCAAGGAGCAGAUUGAGUAUGUGUUCGGCGGCAUCAGGGACCCGCAGGAACGCGACAAGCACCCGUUCUCCACGCGCAAGAUGUUUGAUGAGUUUGACGCUGCGUACGCGGGUGCGAGCGCGACGGGCCGGCGCAUGACGUGGGUGGACACGAGCGAGCCCGCGGCACUGCUGCAGGUCCUGCAUCAGAUCAUGGCGUCAAGCAUCUCCACAUCAACAAAGCUCGCCGAGGACUUUGACAAGCAGCUGUCCCUCGGCAGCGGCCCUGCUGCACAUCGCCCGCGCCAGCAUCAGCACCAGCCGCAGCGGCAGCGGCGUGUGGACAUGCAGCCCGGUGCCAUCAUGUGGGGCACGGUGCCGGCCAUGUCCGAGUGCACCACGACGUCGCUGAAGCUGCAGUGUGAUUUCGCGAACAUGCCCAACCUCAAGGCAGACAUGUUUGCCGAGGAGACGCGUGCGAAGCGUCGGAUGCAGUUGUACCCGCUUGCCUUCAACAAGGGCACGUUCCGUGUUGUGCACCGCGCGCGUGCGCUGUUUGCGUCCGGCAGCACCAAGCUCGUGGUGGUGAAGCGGCCCAUCUUCAUCGUGCCUGCGCAGCGCGAGCGGGAGCUGUGUCUCGGGGAGAUGCGCGAGCAGACGGUGGCGCAAAAGCUUGCCCUCGAGUUUAUGAAGGAGUUGAAGCGUGCGGGCAUUGCCACGGGGAUGCAGAGGUUGAAGCUGGUGUUUGCCAAGCCAAACCUGGUGGAGGUGAAGGGCGCACACCGCUACCACGAGGCGCUGCGAGCGCUUGCGCCGCACAUGGAGGUGGGCGACCUGAACGGGUGCUGGGUGAUGGAGAAGCAGAUGAUCAACGGCAACUACACCAAGUACUCGAACAACGCCGGCAAGGUGAACCAUGCAGACACACCGGAGGGCAUGGUGGUGCACGCGUUCAGCCACUGGACGCACGCGCGGACCAGGGGCCGGUUCAUGGUGGUGGACCUGCAGGGCACAUGCACGGAGAUGGGCAUCUUCCUUACAGACCCUGUGGUGCACGACUCGAGGAACAAGGAGUUUGGACGCCUGUUCAGUGCGGGCGAUCGCGGUGCCCGCGGCAUUCGCGAUUUCUUCAGGACGCACAAGUGCAACCACAUCUGCCGCGGCCUCCAGCUCAGGAAGCCCGCGCUUUAG